GCAAAUACGAAACCCUAGCAAAGCCCGUCGUUCCUCAACAAUCCAAAUCCAUAAAACACAUCAUCAUCAUCAUCAUCAUGUCUGGCGUGUGGGUGUUCAAGAACGGAGUGAUGAGGUUGGUGGAGAACCCUUACAACCAAUCCGGCGCCGGAGAGUCGCCGGAAUCAUCCUCCUCCGGCGGUCAACAACAGAGAAUGAAGAAGAAGUUUCUUGUUCAUCUCCCGACCGGCGAGAUCGUUUCAUCGUACCGUUCUCUUGACAGAAUCUUGGUGGGUUUGGGAUGGGAACGUUACCACGGCGGAGAAAAUCCCGAUCUCAUUCAGUUCCACAAGAAAACAUCGAUCGAUCUGAUCUCUCUGCCACGUGAUUUCGCCAAGUUCAAUUCUAUCCACAUGUACGACAUCGUCGUCAAGAACCCUAACAUCUUCCACGUCCGAGACGUGUAAUGAUCAUCGCCAAACUAGUUCGGGUAUAUUUAUCUUGCUGAUUUAAAUAUAUUCGUGCAUAUGUAUAUGUAUAUAUGUAUAUAUAUGUGUGUGUGUCGGGAUUCUUGUCUGAAGUAUACAUAUAAGUUACUCGCAUGCACGUUUCCGUACGAAGAUCUUCAACGACCGUUCAUUUCGGAAAGACGAUCGUAGCCGUUGAUACAUUUCCAUGAAACAUUUGCGAUGGGUUUGAUUCGUACAAAGCUCUUGAAAUGAACGGUUGGGAUGGUCUUUGAGUACAACGACGUUGCUGUGAAGUACGUACUGCAUAUUAUAUAUAUAGAGACGAGAAUUUCUUGUUUAUGUUUAAUUAAUUAAACCCUUUUUUUCUUUUUCGCCUUUGUGUUUUUUUUUUGGUUUCGUAUCGGUUUGUAAGCUACUUAUGUGUUAGCUGUUGG